UAUCAAAAUCAUACAAAAAAUACUCUUGCUCAAAUCCAAGCCACAGAAAAAUUAAUAGCAGAAGGGUUAGCCUAUGAAGUGGAGGGUUCUGUUUAUUUUGAUGUAAAGAAAUAUAAUGAAACUGGAAAUUAUGGUAUUUUAAGCAAGAGAGACAUAGAACAACUUCUUAACCAAUCUAGAGAUUUAGAAGGAACAUCAGAUAAAAAAAAUCCGCAAGAUUUUUCUUUGUGGAAAAAAGCUCUUCCCCAACACAUUAUGCGUUGGAAAUCACCAUGGGGAGAAGGGUUUCCGGGGUGGCACAUAGAAUGUACAGUUAUGAGCACCAAAUAUUUAGGAGAACAAUUUGAUAUACAUGGAGGGGGGAUGGACUUAAAAUUCCCUCAUCAUGAAUGUGAAAUAGCUCAGGCACAGGCAUUAAAUAAAAAAAAUCCUGUUAAUUAUUGGCUUCAUGCCAAUAUGCUCACUUUAAAUGGAAAAAAAAUGAGCAAAUCAACAGGAAAUACACUUUUACCUGAUGAACUUAUUUCUGGUAAAAAUAAUUUUUUUGAAAAGCCUAUUCACCCAAUGGUUUUGAGGUUUUGUAUGCUGCAAGCACAUUAUAGAGGUGUUUUGGAUAUCUCAAACAAUGCAUUAAUAGCUGCAGAAAAGGGUUUUUUUCGUUUAAUGAAGGCUUUAGAUGAGGUAAAAAAGAUAAAGGCUCAGGAAAAAUCAUCUUUAAAUAUCACCAAUUGGAUUAAUAGCUGUUAUGAUGCUAUGAACGAUGAUUUUAAUACACCCAUUUUAAUUGCUCAGCUUUUUGAAGCUAUAAAGUUCAUUAAUCUCUUAAUAGAUAAAAAAGAAAGCAUCAAUCAAGCUGAUUUAGAUACGUUUAUUUCAGUAUUACACGGUUUUGUAUUUGAUGUAUUGGGGUUAUUUCCAAUAAUUCAAGCAGAUGAAAAUACAGAGAAAUUAGCCCAAAUGGUUGAGAUUUUAAUUAAAAUGAGAAACAAGGCUAGAAUAGAAAAAGAUUUUGUCACAUCAGAUACAAUAAGAGAUCAACUUCUUCAGGUUGGCGUGGAGCUUAAAGAUGAGAAGGAAGGAACCACUUUUAGACGUUCAUGGGUAUUAAGACAGGAUGCUGGCGAUGGAAAAAUGAAAGAUAUUUCAGAUUAUAUCUAUGAAGGGGCUUUGGCUUUUUUAAAAGCAGAAUAUAAAUUGUUGGCUGUAUUUGUAAUACUUGCCAGUAUUGCUUUAGCAGCAAUUACCUUUAUACCUGGGGUAAAAACAAAUCUAUUAAUUGUAAUAGCAUUUGUUUUUGGAGCUAUAUUUUCAGCCUUAGCAGGAAAUAUGGGUAUGAAAAUAGCCACCAUGACCAACGUAAGAACUACUCAGGCCGCAAGAACAAGUUUACCACAAGCUUUAAAAAUAUCUUUUGGAGGUGGGACUGUAAUGGGGUUGGGCGUUGCAGGGCUUGCAGUAUUAGGGUUAACCUCAUUUUUUAUUUUGUUCUUUCAACUAUUCAUGAAAGGAACAUGGACCUCCUCUGAAGAUAUGACUGUUGUGUUAGAGACAUUAGCUGGAUUUUCUUUAGGAGCAGAAUCUAUUGCUCUAUUUGCUAGAGUGGGAGGAGGUAUUUAUACCAAAGCCGCAGAUGUUGGAGCGGAUUUAGUGGGUAAGGUAGAAGCCGGAAUCCCGGAAGACGAUCCAAGAAAUCCUGCCACCAUUGCAGAUAAUGUAGGAGAUAAUGUGGGUGAUGUUGCAGGAAUGGGAGCUGAUUUGUUUGGUUCCUAUGUGGCAACAGUUUUAGCAGCUAUGGUAUUGGGGAAUUAUGUAAUAACUGAUAUGGGAGGAAGUUUACAAGAUGAUUUUAAUGGUAUAGGCCCCAUAUUAUUGCCCAUGACCAUUGCAGGUUUUGGUAUAUUAUUUUCUAUUAUUGGAACUUUAUUAGUGAAAAUUAAUAAUAACCAAGCAAAAGAAAAACAAGUGCAAGGAGCACUAAACAUAGGAAAUUGGGUUUCCAUUGCAUUAACCGCCAUUUCAUGUUAUUUUUUAAUCGAUUACUUAUUGCCAGAAACUAUGAUGAUGAAGUUUUUUGGUGAAAACUUAGAUGCUAAUGGUAACGAAAUUGCUGUUCCUAUCAAUUCUAUUAGAGUUUUUGGAGCCGCUAUUAUUGGAUUGAUUGUGGGUGGUGUUAUUUCUUCUGUAACAGAAUAUUAUACAGGAUUAGGAACGAAACCUGUAUUAGCCAUUGUUCAAAAAUCAAGUACUGGGGCAGGAACUAAUAUCAUUGCAGGACUUGCAACAGGAAUGAUUUCCACCUUUCCUACCAUAUUGUUAUUUGCUUCAGCCAUAUGGGGGUCUUAUGCCUUAGCUGGAUUUUAUGGUGUUGCAUUAGCAGCUUCUGCUAUGAUGGCAACCACAGCCAUGCAAUUAGCCAUUGAUGCUUUUGGUCCUAUUUCUGAUAACGCAGGUGGAAUUGCAGAAAUGAGUGAAUUACCAAAAGAAGUGAGAACAAGAACAGAUAUUUUAGACUCUGUAGGAAACACCACAGCAGCAACAGGAAAAGGGUUUGCUAUAGCCUCUGCAGCUCUAACUUCUUUAGCUCUUUUUGCAGCUUAUGUUACAUUUACAGGUAUUGACGGAAUUAAUAUUUUUAAAGCACCUGUUUUAGCCAUGUUAUUUGUGGGUGGGAUGGUUCCUGUUGUGUUUUCAGCCUUAGCAAUGAAUUCUGUUGGAAAAGCAGCAAUGGAUAUGGUUUAUGAAGUGCGUAGACAAUUCAAAGAAAUUCCUGGUAUUAUGGAAGGAAAGCAGAAACCAGAAUAUGGUAAAUGUGUUGAAAUAUCCACUAAAGCUGCUCUAAGAGAAAUGAUGUUACCUGGAAUUCUAACAAUUGGUUUUCCUAUUAUUAUUGUGCUCAUUGGUAAGUUGAUAUAUACCGAAAAUAACCAAUUGAUUGCAGAAAUGUUAGGAGGAUACAUGGCAGGAGUUACUGUUUCAGGUGUAUUAUGGGCAAUUUUUCAAAAUAAUGCUGGAGGGGCAUGGGAUAAUGCGAAAAAAUCUUUUGAAGCAGGUGUUAUGAUAAAUGGAGAAAUGACUUAUAAAGGAUCUGAUGCUCAUAAAGCUGCUGUCACAGGAGAUACAGUAGGAGACCCCUUUAAAGAUACCUCUGGACCAUCUAUGAAUAUUUUGAUUAAAUUAACCUGUUUAAUUGGAUUGGUUAUUGCUCCAAUUCUGGGAGGAGAAAAACAAUUAGACCAUAAUACAAAAAAAAUAGAAUCCGCUUCUCCAUCUGAAAAAAUAACUGUUGAUACAAUUGAUGAAGAUGGAAAUUACAUAAAAGAA